CACCACCAACACCACCCACUCUGACGACGACGUCAAUCUCCUUUGUUUAGUGUUGUGUUGAACGAAAAGUCGAAUGCGCAACAGAACCAGGAGUGUCGAUCGUUUCUUGCUGAUUUAGCAGAUAUUUCUUGGUGAUUCAUUAUAGUUUGUGGAGCGUGCAGCAGUAGCGAAUGAGAAGCAGCCCCCAAUGAUAUGCCUCGAAGUGCCCAAGAGGAGUUCCCGACCUGGGUCGGAUUCGUGUUUAUCUUCAAUUUGAUCGUUGGAACCGGAGCGUUGACGCUCCCUUCCGCCUUCAGUCACGCGGGAUGGCUUCUGGGCUCGGUGUUGAUUGUGGUGCUGGCCUUUGCCAGUUACAUGACCGUGACUUUCGUGAUAGAGACGAUGGCCUGUGCGAAUGCGAUCCAGAACUGGAAGCGGCUGCAGUUCCUCAAGCGGGACCGCGUCCUGGAGCACGAUGAGGACAGCAACGUGGAAACGAUGACGGAACCGUUGCUGGUCGGUGGUGCUGGUUCCGGCUCGGCGGUGGACGAUAAUCUGACGGACGCGAGCGUGGAGCACAUGCCGUUGAACAUAAUGUACUGCCGGAACCAGUAUUACAGCCUGUCGAGCAAGAUUGAGCUGGGGGAGAUGGCCAAUCUGUUCUUUGGACGGGUUGGACGGUUUUUGUUUUACUUUUGUCUGGCAGUUUAUCUGUACGGAGACUUGAGCAUCUACUCGGCAGCCGUGGCUAAAAGCCUGCGGGAUGUUAUAUGUGUUCACAACCACUCGAGCAACGACACCGACGGUGACGACGUGACGAUCCGCUGCUGGGAAGACAGCGCCCUUUCGCGGUUUGACACGUACCGCCUCUGUUUGAUCGCGUUCAUCGGCGUGCUCGGCCCGUUUGCGUUCUUCAACGUGCAGAAGACCAAAUAUCUCCAACUGGUGACGGUUCUGUUCCGUUGGUUGGCCUUCACCGUGAUGAUUAGCAUUGCCGUGCAUCGCCUCUUUGCUGCGCAGUCCUCCCAAGAUCCACCAAUCAUCCCCAAGCGGGCCGACGUCAACGGUAUUCCGUACCUGAUCGGCACCUGCAUCUACUCGUUCAUGUGCCAUCACUCACUGCCCAGUCUGCUGACGCCGAUCGCCAACAAGCGCAAGCUCAAAUCGCUCAUCUCGGCCGACUACGGACUCAUCGCCGCGUUCUACCUCUCACUGGCCCUCACCGGAAUAUUCGCGUUCGCCGACAUCAAGGACCUGUACACGCUCAACUUUGUCCCCAACUCGGACCAGGACAGCGGCUUCCUCAAAGCGAUCGAGUACUUCCUCGCGCUCUUCCCCGUCUUCACCCUGUCCGCCAGCUUCCCGAUCAUCGCCAUCACCCUGCGCAGCAACCUCCAGACGCUCUUCCUCGACACGACCCAACUCGAGUCGUACAACUUCUUCCUGCGGCGCGUCUUCUUCCCCCUCCUCGCCAUUCUACCCCCCAUCGUGAUCUGCUUCUUCACCGAGAGUGUCAUCUCGCUCGUCGGUUUCACCGGAUGUUACGCCGGAACCGGAAUCCAGUACCUCAUCCCGGUGUUUUUGGUCUACUCGGCGCGGCGCACGUGCGAGGCCAUGAUCGGCCGCGGCAUCAUCAACGACUUCCGGAGCCCGUUCAAGGGCAACUUUUGGCUGGUGGCGAUCGUCAGCUGGACUGCGACGUGCCUCGUGCUCGUCACGAUCGAUCUCAUGAAGUGAGCGGAAGGCCGCGCGGGUGUGGGCAGAAUCUCCUCGCCAUCUUGAAAAACUUAAAGAAUGCAAAAUACAACGGAAUUCCGCCGCCUCCUGCGAUAAUAAUAGUGAAAAAAAUAAUAAACUGAAGAAAGUAAGCUCUAAGAAGAUGAGAACGCACGAGACUGAAUGUGUGCGAUGACGCAGCAAAGAGGCGUAAAUAAUUUUUGUAGAAUUUUGCUUUAGAUUUUUUUUGCCGGGUUAUUAAAACAUUUCUGGGUAGAUAAAUUUGCAUGAGUUCGUUUUUGAACAAAUUCCAAUUGCUGGUCAAAAUAUUAGUUUGUUUAGUACUGAAUAAAAUUUUCGUGAAUGUAUUUUUAUUUUUUCGUUUUUUUUUUAAAUGAUUUGGUGUGAACGAGAGACAAAUAAUGUGGCGCAAAUUAAAAAUAAAGAGAAGAACCUAUUUUACAAUAUUUACUAGUUUACAGACAACCACUUAAGAAAA